AUGGCUAUCAUGACGACGCGCUGGAAUUUCAAGUUGAUCAAAUUCGCGGUGGGAGUAUUCUGUACCUGUGUGAUCUUCGCAUUUUUCUUCAACAAGCAUGAUGGGUACCAAUCGACUCGGAAUCUGAUCCAUGCUGGCCGGUCGCGCUUGGAAAAUGCAAUGUUUGACCGAAUCCAAAACGAAACCCUAGGGUUUCAACACAUAUAUGCCAUCGGACUCAAGGAACGCACCGACAAGCAUGAUUCCCUAACCCUAGCCGCCUCAGUCACUAGGAUGAAGGUGGAUUGGUUAGAGGGAGUCCGUCCAGGCGAAGUCUCCCAGAAAGCUCUACCACAGGGGUUGGAUGACCCGGCCAUCCCUUACACUGUUGUCCUCUGCUGGCGUGCGCAUAUGAAUGCGAUCCGAAGUGUUGUUGAGAACCGCUAUGCGACUGCUCUUAUCAUGGAGGAUGACGCCGAUUGGGAUGUAUCAAUCCGACGGCAGCUGCGCGAGAUAGCUCGUGGCGUUCGAGAAUUGUCCGGCAACCAAAAAGCCCCGAGAAGCACACCAUACGGGACGAAUUGGGACCUUCUUUGGAUUGGAGGAUGUGCCACCGUUCAAGGGAAGAACGAAACCGAGACAUAUGUCAUCCCCGACGAUCCCACCACGAUAAAUGUUGACCGACGAGGUCCCUGGGAUGGCCCAAUCGGUCCAAACGAAGACUGGAUAAAACGACAUCCCGAGGUCUCUGUGGAUUCAACGCGGUUUGUGUACAAGGCCGGGCACGGAUGCUGUUUGUACGGGUACGCGGUGACAUAUGAAGGGGCGCGCAAGAUCCUUGAGGCUCUUUCUUUAGAGCGGAGCAGCGAAGUGGACAACUCACUCGGCGAUCUCUGUGGAGGCAGAAACGGUCGGCAGCAGAUCCGAUGUUUUGGGGUCUACCCCAACGUGAUUGGCACCUUCAAGCCAGCUGGAUCGGCCUCUAGAUCGUCGGACAUUCAAAACUACACCUCGGAUGAGUACCACGAAGCCGAGUCGUGGAACAUGGUGUACAGCACUCGGAUGAAUCUCCCGCGACUGGUUGCGGGGAAGGAGACAGUCUACUCUCAAUGGAACACGUCGCUUAUUCCAUGGUCCAAGGGAGAGAUCAAGCCGCGAGAGCUGCAGUACCCGAGAGGCUAUCUUGUUGGAUAA